AUGUGGUACACAUUCGUACGCGACCUGUUCUUUGGUCGCAUUGUCUACCACGUCUCGAAGCACAAGUACUUUAAUUACCCUGAAGAACAGCCGGGGUACCAGAUUCCCGACAAAUAUCUCGGCAAGGAGUAUGAGCCCACAAAGCACGACCUUGUCGACAGAAAUGAAAAGGCUGCUGACGAUGACACCGCAGCCAAUCUGCUGACGCUGGACGGAGAGAAAGUCGAACAAUCGGAUGAGAUCAAUGGAGACUGGAAGAAGACCCCAGAGGGUAUUAUUAUUGUUGGUUGGGAAGGUGACGACGAUCCCGAGAACCCUCGCAACUGGCCCACAUUGCAAAAGGGGGUGUUUACCUUCUUCAUCGCCUUCCUCACCAUGUCAGUGUACAUGGCACUGGCAAUCUACACUCCUGGGGUUGACGAGAUCAUGGAAGACUUCCAUGUCGGUGUCGUGGUAGCGACAUUACCCCUUACCCUCUUUGUCCUUGGCUACGGGAUUGGACCAAUGGUGCUUCUGCCGCUUCAAGAAAACCCUUACUACGGACGGACUCUGAUUUACAUUAUCACGUUGUUCCUUUUCUUCAUCAUGCAAAUUCCUUGUGCCCUCGUGAAGAACAUUGCCGGGUUGUGUAUCUGUCGGUUCAUUGCUGGCUUCUUUGCCCUGCCUGCUCUUGCCACUGGUGGGGCUUCAGCAUCUGACUGCAUGACUCUCCCUUACUUACCGGUGGGUAUUGCCAUGUGGUCAAUUGGGUCUGUCGGUGGUCCAUCGAUUGGUCCUCUCAUUGGUUCGGCCUUGGUUGUUGCUGGUAGAUGGAGAUGGACCUUCUGGUUCAUGUGCAUUCUCUCCGGGGCCACUUGCUUCUUCUUCUUCUUUUUGUUACCAGAGCUGUUUGAACCUACCCUUCUCCACCGCAAAGCAGAAAGACUCAGAGCUCUUACAGGUAACCCGAACCUCAAGACUGAAGGGGAACUUCAAAGAGAGGGGAUGACUUUCAAAGAAGAGCUUAUUGAAGUGUUGUGGCGGCCAGUGGAAAUCACCAUGCUUGAACCGAUGGUGUUGGCGUGUAACAUCUACAUCUCCUUGGUGUACGCCAUCAUGUACUUGUGGUUUGAGGCGUUCCCCAUUGUGUUCCUCGAAGUAUUCGAAUUCGCUCUUGUGCCAAUGGGGUGUGCCUAUUUGUCAAUCAUUGUCGGUGUGUUGAUCAGUGCUGCGGCCUACUCAAUCAUCAUCUACAUACAAUAUACCAAACCGAUGUUGAAAGGCAAUUAUGUGCCUCCGGAAUCGUUUAUGCCAUUAGCUAUCGUCGGAUCAUUGUUCAUGCCCGUUGGUAUCUUCAUCUUUGGGUGGACUGCAGCCAAAGAUCUUCACUGGAUUGGGCCAAUGAUUGGUGCUGCUACCUUCUCUGUGGGGCUGUUCUUGAUCUUCCAAACGUUGUUCAAUUACUUAGGGUUUUCCUUUGACCCUAAGUAUCUUGCCCUGGUGUACGCCUCUAAUGACUUUGCGCGGUCGUACAUUGCUGGUGUGUUCCCCUUGUUUGGUCGCCCUCUUUUCAAUAAUCUCAAGACCCACCGGUUCCGCGUUGGUUGGGGGUCCUCAGUGCUUGGUUUCAUUUGUUUGUUGAUGAUCUUGAUCCCCGUGACGUUCAUCCUCGCUGGGCCUAAGAUCAGAUCAAGAUCCAAGUAUAAGGCCCCUUGUGUCGUUGCCAUUGCUGCCUGGCCUCGGGCCAAGAAGGACGCGGCUCAACUUGAAACCAAGAUCGAAGCCCCCAAGGCUGUGCCCCAAACCCAAUCCGCUGAAGGCGACUUUGACUUGGAAAAGUGGCUCCAGCUGCUUGACAAGGAAGAAAAGUAG